AUGGCCAGCACAAACGUCAGCCCAGAUCAGACCUCCAAGUGGACGGUCACGAGUCUUGCACCAAUGAAUGAGAUGAAGCUCCCGCUGUUCCUCGCACUGGGAUGA